AUGGCCGGCUCCGUCCACUUCUUCGACAUCGCCAGCGCCGCCCGAGGCUCGCUCCAGGCCUGGUCGCCCAACACCUUCCGCACGCGCCUGGUGCUCAACUUCAAGCGCAUUCCCUACUCGCAGUCCUUCGUCUCCUAUCCAGACAUCGCGCCGCUGCUGCAGAGCCUGGGCGUGCCGCCCCUCGAGAACCAGGCCCUGCCCUACACGCUGCCCGCCAUCGUCGACUCGUCCACCGGCACCCGCCAUGCCCUGAACGACAGCCUGCCCAUUGCGCUGCACCUCGACGCCGCAUUCCCCGCCCCGGCGCACCCGCCGCUCUUCCCCACCUCCGCCAGCUACCCGCUCGCCGUCGCCGUGCUGGAGCUCAUCACUGCUGUCACCAUCAAGCAGAUCCCCAUCCUCAUGCCCAAGGUGCCCGCCUACCUCGACCCCCGCGGCCAGGAGUACUUCCUACGCACCCGCGCCGAGCGUUUCGGCAAGCCGCUCGCCGAAGUUGCCGCCCACGGCGCCGAGCUUGAGCGUGUGUGGCACGACGUUUCGGGGGGGUUGGCCCGCCUGGCGACCAUGCUGCGCGGCGUGCCCGGCCAGUCCAAGACCGGCCCCUUCUUUGAGGGCAACACACCUGGCUACGCCGACUUUCUCGUCGUCGCUUUCCUGGCCUUCUAUGCGCGCAUCAACCAGGAUGAUUGGGAGAAGGUGAUGGCCGUUGGCAAUGGCGAGUUCCGGAGCCUGUGGAAUGCCUGUCUGCCGUGGGUGGAGGGCCAAGGGCAGGACGUCGAGUGGAAGACCGCCAGUGCCUAA